AUGGCUCAUAACAAACGAUGGGCCGUACUGUACACUUGUUUGACUACACGAGCAAUACAUAUAGAGGUGAUAGAAGAACUCAGCACUUCAUCGUUUAUAAACGCGACGCGUCGGUUCAUCGCGCUUAGGGGACCAGUGCGCUUAUUCCGCUCUGACAGAGGAACAAACUUUGUCGGGGCAACUGACUGUAUGAAAAUUGACGCGAUCAAUGUGGAGGAUGCAACCGCUAAGAAGUUUAUGGAUUCUAACCGAACUGUGUGGCUGUUCAACUCGCCACACUCAUCUCACAUGGGUGGGGUGUGGGAAAGACUUAUUGGAGUUGUACGUCGAAUCCUAGAGUCCAUGUUUGCAGAUAUUCGCGGCGAUAUUACUCAUGAAGUGCUGACAACAUUUAUGGCCGAAGUCUCUUCCAUUGUUAAUUCGCGUCCGCUAGUCGCAGUGUCCGCUGAUCCAGAAUGUCCAACAGUGUUAAGUCCAGCAAUGCUUCUUACACAGAAGCCCGCCGAAGAAGGACAAUAUCUUAGUGAAAUCAGUGUGAAAGACAUGUAUAAAGCACAAUGGCGUCGUGUUCAGUGUUUGUCUGAUAUGUUUUGGAAACGUUGGAGAACUGAGUUUCUCCAGACACUUCAACAGCGUAAAAGGUGGCCUACGAAACAGAGAGAUCUACGCGUUGGUGAUAUUGUUUUAAUGAUUGAAGAUGACUCUCAGCGAAAUAACUGGCCAAUGGGUGUUAUCACAGAACUAUUUCCGAGCCAAGACGGACACAUUAGAAAAGUGAUGGUCAAAGUCAGUCGCCCUGGCGACUCAGAACUUAGAUCCUAUGUGAGGCCUGUGAAUAAACUUGUGACACUCAUCGAGUGUGAAGACCAGUGCUAA